AUGUCAACCUCCAAAGAGCCCAUGUGGAUCCGGAUGGGCAUCGAACCUGGCACUACUAUAAACCUCGAUCAGCCCGUCCCUUCGAGAUGGAAAAUAGUGAAGAAAUUGAAUGAUUAUGAUUACCAACUUGGCGAAGAGCAGCGUCGCUUUGGUAUCCGCUUGUCCUUCGCCAGCACCGAGCUUCUCUGUUGCGAUCCUCAAGACGAUACAAAGCUUGCCUUCAUGCGAAUAUACCUCCAAGUCCGAUUUUGUGGUACGGAAGUAGAUGAUGCGCAGACGAGAGCCAGUCAGGCCAUGAAACCCAUCCCCGAAGAGUUAAUCGCCUAUCAAGGCCUUACUCAGAACUUAACUCAUACUCCGAAGCUCUUGGGACACAAAACCACAGUACCGAAUAACUCAAGUCUAGUCCCAGGCGGGCUCUUGGUCUGGCUAGUGUGGGAGAUGGUGCCAGGGCUGCACCUGGGCAGCAAGAAUGGGUCUGAUGCAUUUUGGGAUCUUAGUGACGGUGAGAGGGAAGAGGUCCGCGAGUCCUAUGUGAAGACUUUCCAGCACACCGGUCUUCGCCUGAAGAUGCACAAGCUAGUGUUAAUCACUGAUAGUUACUCCAUCAGAUUUCGCGAUCGCAAUGUUGGCCAAGCUAAAGGCCCGAUUGUGGCUGCCAAAUGGGAUGCGUUUUGCGGGCUCGCCAUACCGGGCUCGAAUGAAUGGCUAAAGAAGGGGAUCGAAUCAUGA